GAUCCAAAGAUUAUCUAUCGGCAGAACAGGAACUCAUCACUGACCCUAAGAGCAUCUAUCGGCAGAAGAGGAACUCAUCACUGACCCUAAGAGCAUCUAUCGGCAGAAGAGGAACUCAUCACUGACCCUAAGAGCAUCUAUCGGCAGAAGAGGAACUCAUCACUGACCCUAAGAGUAUCUAUCGGCAGAACAGGAACUCAUCACUGACCCUAAGAGCAUCUAUCGGCAGAAGAGGAACUCAUCACUGACCCUAAGAGCAUCUAUCGGCAGAAGAGGAACUCAUCACUGACCCUAAGAGCAUCUAUCGGCAGAAGAGGAACUCAUCACUGACCCUAAGAGCAUCUAUCGGCAGAAGAGGAACUCAUCACUGACCCUAAGAGCAUCUAUCGGCAGAAGAGGAACUCAUCACUGACCCUAAGAGCACCUAUCGGCAGAAGAGGAACUCAUCACUAACCCUAAGAGCAUCUUUCGGCAGAAGACGAACUCAUCACUGACCCUAAGAGCAUCUAUUGUCAGAAGAGGAACUCAUCACUGACCCUAAGAGCAUCUAUCUGCAGAAGAAGAACACAUCACUGACCCUAAGAGCAUCUAUCGGUAUAACAGGAACUCAUCACUGACCCUAAGAGCAUCCAUCGGCAGAACAGGAACUCAUCACUGACCCUAAGAGCAUCUAUUGGCAGAAGAGGAACUCAUCACUGACCCUAAGAGCAUCCAUCGGCAGAAUAGGAACUCAUCACUGACCCUAAGAGUAUCUAUUGGCAGAAGAGGAACUCAUCACUGACCCUAAGAGCAUCCAUCGGCAGAACAGGAACUCAUCACUGACCCUAAGAGUAUCUAUCGGCAGAACAGGAACUCAUCACUGACCCUAAGAGUAUCUAUCGGCAGUACAGGAACUCAUCACUGACCCUAAGAGCAUCUAUCGGCAGAGCACGAACUCAUCACUGACCCUAAGAGUAUCUAUCGGCAGAACAGGAACUCAUCACUGACCCUAAGAGCAUCUAUCAGCAGAGCACGAACUCAUCACUGACCCUAAGAGCAUCCAUCGGCAGAACAGGAACUCAUCACUGACCCUAAGAGUAUCUAUCGGCAGAACAGGAACUCAUCACUGACCCUAAGAGCACCUAUCGGCAGAAGAGGAACUCAUCACUGACCCUAAGAGCAUCUUUCGGCAGAAGAGGAACACAUCACUGACCCUAAGAGCAUCUAUCGGCAGAAGAGGAACUCAUCACUGACCCUAAGAGCAUCUAUCUGCAGAACAGGAACUCAUCACUGACCCUAAGAGCAUCUAUCGGCAGAAGAAGAACUCAUCACUGACCCUAAGAGCAUCCAUCGGCAGAACAGGAACUCAUCACUGACCCUAAGAGUAUCUAUCGGCAAAACAUAAACUCAUCACUGACCCUAAGAGCAUCCAUCGGCAGAACAGGAACUCAUCACUGACCCUAAGAGUAUCUAUCGGCAGAACAGGAACUCAUCACUGACCCUAAGAGCAUCUAUCGGCAGAAGAGGAACUCAUCACUGACCCUAAGAGCAUCUAUCGGCAGAACAGGAACUCAUCACUGACCCUAAGAGCAUCUAUCAGCAGAGCACGAACUCAUCACUGACCCUAAGAGCAUCUGUCGGCAGAAGAGGAACUCAUCACUGACCCUAAGAGCAUCUAUCAGCAGAGCACGAACUCAUCACUGACCCUAAGAGCAUCUAUCGGCAGAAGAGGAACUCAUCACUGACCCUAAGAGCACCUAUUAACACAAGGAAUGUGUUAUGCAUGUAGGAUUAGCAGCUUCAAACCUAUCAGAGGUAACGGAGAAUGCCAGCCAUGCCCGCCCAACAGUAAAACACACACAGAAGGCGCCUCAAAGUGUGAUUGUGAAGAGGGAUAUUACCGUCUGCAGGAUGACCCACCACAUCUAGGCUGUACAAGACCCCCAUCAGCACCUCGUCACUUAACCUUCCAUCACCUGGGUGACACAAUGCUGAUCGUGAACUGGGCUGCUCCUGCAGAUCUGGGUGGAAGACAGGAAGUGAUGUAUGAUGUGGAGUGCAAACAGAAAACAGGGCAGACUCAUGAUAUGUGGGUUCAGUGUGGGGAUUCUGUGUUUAUUCUUCCACAGUCCACUGGACUGACUGAGACAGUAGCCAACAUUACUGGACUGCAGCCUCAUAUGAGCUACCAGAUCUUCAUCAAGGCACGCAACCAACUAUCUGCUGAACAUGGCGGCUCUGGAUCUGUACAGUCCAUUACUGUGUGGAAGACCCCGGUAAUAAUCUCUCCUGCUCCUGUAACAAUGGUCACUACCCAGCUGAAGGAGGAGCAGCAGCAGCAGCAGCAGCAGUGGCUCAUGUCUCCCGAGAUAGCAGGUGUGCUGUGUGGAGCACUGCUGCUGUUUGCUCUCAUAUCAACCAUCCUCUGCUUUCUACGUAGACGUUAUAGCAAACUCAGGGAAGAUCAAGAUGUGGAGCUCAUGCCUCUGCAGACUAGUGGCAUAUCAUACCGCCGUGCUUUGGAACCUGAGACUGCACCUCCACCACAAACCAACAGUUCAGGCCAGAUUCUCGGCAGUGUGGUGAGUGACAGACUGCUGUGUGGGAUCAGAGAUGUGUUGGUGGAUCGCAGCAGACUGACGCUGGGUAAAGAGCUGGGAAAAGGAGAAUUUGGGGCGGUCUAUGAAGGUUUAUUCUCCCCUCAAGAGGGAGAGAAUAUUAAAGUGGCAGUGAAGACCAUGAGAGUUGGAAUUUACAGCCAGGAUGAUCUGCAGUCAUUUCUACAGGAAGCUGAGAUUAUGCAGCACUUUGACCAUGAUAAUGUGGUGAAACUUCUAGGUGUCACUCUGGAGAGAGAGGAGGAAUCCUCUAUUCCUGUUCCUCUUGUCAUCCUACCAUUCCUGAAACAUGGAGAUCUGCGGCGGUUUCUUAUAGCCACUCGCUACGGGGACAUUCCUAUGUUUGUGCCUCAUCAGAGCCUGCUGCGCUUCAUGGUCGACAUUGCCACGGGCAUGGAAUAUCUCAGCUCCAAGGGCUUCCUGCACAGAGAUUUGGCAGCACGCAACUGCAUGUUGGGAGAUGAUCUGCGUGUACGUGUUGCUGACUUUGGCUUGUCAAAGCAGAUCAUCAGCAGUGACUACUACAGGCAGAAGGUUGCGAUCCGAAUGCCAAUAAAAUGGAUGGCCAUAGAGAGCCUUUCUGAGUCCAUCUACACCAGCAAGAGUGAUGUGUGGUCAUUUGGAGUGACCAUGUGGGAGAUUGUGUCCAGGGGGAGAACUCCCUACCCUGGCAUUCCCAACCAUGAACUCCUGGAGAUGCUGGAUGGAGGCCAUCGACUCAAACAGGGCGAAUGUGACGACAAAUUAUAUGAAGUGAUGCUGAGCUGUUGGCACAGAGAGCCCUCUCAGCGGCCGUGUUUUUCAGAGCUGGCUCAGACUCUGAAAGCUCUUCUGUCUGAGCUUCCGCCACUGGAGGCCAGUAUGGAGGCCCACUACAUCAACCAGGGUCUGGAGGCAGCCAAUGCUAACCACAGCAGCGCCGCGGAGCCGGUGCCUGAGGGAGCCGUGCGGAACAUUUACCUGCCCGCCCCAGUCAGCUGUGCAACCGCUCCAAAAAAGGAUGAUGGGAUGAAAGAGGAGGAGGAAGAAGAGGGAUAUCUGGUGUGCAAUAAAAAUACAAAGUAGACUGCAAGAGGAACACACUGUCAUGUACAUAGUUGUAUGGCACAAUGAGAGAACCUUUCAGUGGAUGAUUCUUUAAAGAGCUAUUUUUGUAAAUGAGAUGUGUGAGUGUGAAGAAACAUUGCAGGAACCUUUAUUUUUAAAUGUAGGCUGAUGUGUAUGUAAGUAUGUCUGGGUGUUUUUUAUCUGUGGUUGUUAAAGGCACAAAAUUAAGGGCGUAUAUAUUCAUAUGUCCAAACUAUUGAAAGAUGACUAUUUAGCACACUAAUAAUCUGCUGUAAUUAUACUGACCAUUUUCAAAAUAAAAUUCAAACAUUACAAACAG